AUGUAUCGAAUUAAAGAAGAGGUACUUGGCCGACAUGCAUCAACCAAUACGAAGUAUCACGUGCUGUACGGGUUCUAUUUCCUGGGCUUGUCCAAAUCGCAAUUGGCAAAAAUGUACGGGAAGCAUCACACUACAAUUAGCAGCUGGAUAAAACGUUAUCGCGAAAGUGGAUUGGUGGCUCGCAAAGAGAGAAGAAAAGUGUCCUUGCAGUUUGGAGCAGAGAAACGACGGUGGUUAAUCGAACAGUUUAAAAAAAAUCCGACAUUAUUCUUAGAUGAGGCCAGGGAUAGUUUUGAGAAAACUUUCAACUGCUCCAUCAGUACGUCCUCUGUUUCCAGAAUACUACACGAGCAAGGAUAUACGUGGAAAGUUCUAGAGCGUCGGGCGAUCCAGGUUCAAGAAUCUCAGAUUUGUCAUUUCGUCAAUGAGCUGGCUGCAAUAAACUGGGACCUACAUCACCUUAUCUUUUUGGACGAAGUAUCGAUCGACAACAGAGGUAUGUUGCGGAAUCGAGGCUACGCCAAGGUCGGCGAAAAAUUGAUUUACAGGGGUGAAUUCAACCGCAAAGCCAGAGUAUCCUUACUCUGCUUCUUGGGCCAGACAGGAAUGAAGAACACGUACUUGACGGAAGGAACUUUCACGAGGGCAAAGUUCUUUGAAUGUUGUCGUAGCUUUGCCAACAGUGGAGAAGUUUAUCGACACCCUGGAGUUAAUUCGGUCUGGAUCUUGGAUGGGGCUAGAAUUCACUGCCAUCGACGAAUAGUUGAGUACCUCCGGUCAUUGGGAAUCCAUGUUAUCUUUUUGCCUCCGUAUACACCGUUUUUCAAUCCAAUCGAGUAUAUUUUUGGAUACUGCAAGAAAAAACUACAACGUGUCUACGUAGAAAAUAGCUCUUCGGAUCUCACAACAACCAUUUCUGCGACGUUAAAUACAUUCAAAUAUGUACGUAAUAAGGAUUAA